CCGGAGCGCGGGAAAGCGGCUCUGCGAGGAGACCUGCGGUUUCCCUCAGACGCCCGGGCUGCUCCGUGUUCGCGUUGGCCGAGCCUGCGGAGGGAGAGGCUCGUCACCUCCCCCGACGCGUGUGACAUACCCUCCGCCGCACCGUGCCGUCGCUCCUCGGGUGAGGGAAACAGGACUGCGCAGCGCGCAGAGGACGACCCCCCUCCUGAAAAAGAGGGUUCAGGCAGGGAAAGGGAAAGAUGCCGGCCGUACAGAAGCCCAUGAGGUACGGACAUACGGAAGGACACACCGAGGUCUGCUUUGAUGACUCUGGAAGUUUUAUUGUGACUUGUGGAAGUGAUGGUGAUGUGAGGAUGUGGGAAGAUUUGGACGAUGAUGACCCAAAGUCCAUUAAUGUUGGAGAAAAGGCUUUUUCGUGUGCUUUGAAGAAUGGGAAAUUGGUCGCUGCAGUUUCUAAUAACACCGUCCAAGUCUACACGUUCCCUGAGGGAGUUCCCGACGGCAUAUUAACACGCUUCACCACCAAUGCAAACCACGUUGUCUUCAAUGGUGACGGCACGAAGAUUGCUGCGGGGUCUAGUGAUUUUCUGGUCAAAGUUGUGGACGUGGUGGAUAACAGCCAGCAGCAAACAUUUAGAGGACAUGACGCCCCUGUUUUAAGUCUGUCUUUUGAUCCUAAGGAUACCUUCCUGGCAUCAGCUAGUUGUGAUGGAACUGUCAGAGUGUGGAAUAUUUCUGACCAGACAUGUGCCAUUAGUUGGCCAGUGCUACCAAAGUGCAACGAUGUGGUGAAUGCAAAGGCCAUCUGCAGACUCGCAUGGCAGCCCAAGACGGGGAAAUUACUAGCAGUUCCUGUGGGAAAAUCUGUUAAGAUGUACAGAAGAGGAACUUGGAGUAAUCCAUUUGAUCUGUCAGAUCACUCUAUCUCUCAGACACUCAAUAUAGUAACCUGGUCUCCCUGUGGGCAGUAUUUGGCUGCAGGUACUAUUAAUGGCUUAAUUGUAGUUUGGAAUGUGGAAACCAAAGACUGCAUGGAAAGGGUAAAACAUGAGAAAGGUUAUGCAGUCUGUGGCCUGGCCUGGCAUCCUACUUGCGGACGUAUAUGUUACACUGAUGUGGAAGGGAACCUUGGGAUCCUGGAAAAUGUUUGUGAUCCCAGCGAAAAGGUGUCAAGCAGUAAGGUUUCUAGUAGAGUGGAAAAGGAUUACAAUGAUCUUUUUGAUGGAGAUGAAACGAAUAGUGCUGGUGAUUUUCUAAAUGACGAUGCGGCUGAGAUCCCGUCCUCAAAAGGCCUUGUGAACGAUGAUGAGGAUGAGGACGACAUCAUGCUGGCUGUGGACCGCCUUAGACAGAGAAGCCGGGUCUUGGUAGAUGAUGAAAACUCAGUUGAUGCCGCAGUGCUAAAAACUGAUCUUCACAAAGAGGAAGGGGAAGAAGAUCAGGCAGGCUGUAGUCACAGUCUGCCCCGUAUAAAACCCCAAAGGCCAUUUUAUGAUGGGCCCAUGCCCACGCCCCAACAGAAGCCGUUCCAGCCGAGCUCCACCCCCUUGCAUCUCUCUCACAGGUUCAUGGUGUGGAACUCUGUCGGCAUUAUUCGCUGCUAUCACGACGACCAGGACAGUGCCAUAGACGUGGAGUUCCACGACACCUCCAUCCACCAUGCCACCCACCUGCCCAACGCUCUCAGCUACACCAUGGGGACGCUCUCCCAUGAGGCUGUUCUGUUGGCGUGUGAGAGUGCUGAUGAAUCAGCAAGCAAGCUCCACUGCCUGCACUUCAGCUCUUGGGACUCAAGCAAAGAGUGGAUAGUAGACAUGCCUCCGCACGAGGACGUUGAAGCCAUCUGCCUCGGCCAGGGCUGGGCCGCUGCUGCCACCACGGCUUUACUCCUGCGACUGUUCACUAUUGGGGGUGUUCAGAAGGAAGUCUUCUGCCUUCCUGGACCUGUGGUGUCAAUGGCGGGCCAUGGAGAACAGCUCUGCAUUGUUUAUCACAGAGGCACAGGGUUUGAUGGAGAUCAGUGCCUCGGAGUUCAACUGCUAGAGUUGGGGCAAAAGAAAAAACAGGUUUUGCAUGGCGACCCUCUUCCUCUUACAAGGAAAUCCUACCUUACAUGGCUGGGGUUUUCUGCUGAAGGUACUCCCUGUUACGUGGAUUCCGAAGGCCGUGUCCGAAUGCUUAACAGAGGACUUGGGAAUACGUGGACUCCUGUAUGUAACCUACGCGAGCACUGCAAAGGAAAGUCUGACCACUACUGGGUGGUUGGUAUCCAUGAAAAUCCCCAGCAGCUAAGGUGCGUCCCCUGCAAAGGCUCUCGCUUUCCUCCCACCCUCCCACGACCCACCGUAGCCAUAUUAUCCUUUAAGCUUCCUUACUGUCAGACUGCAACAGAGAAGGGCCACAUGGAGGAACAAUUUUGGCAUUCGGUUCUGUUUCACAACUACCUUGAUUACUUGGCUGAAAAUGGUUAUGAGUAUGAGGGCGGCAUUAAAAAUCAGGCGGUGAGAGAGCAGCAGGAGCUGUUAAUGAAAAUGUUAGCGCUUUCUUGUAAAGUGGAACGAGAAUUUCGCUGUGUGGAGCUUGCUGAUCUAAUGACUCAAAAUGCUGUGCAUUUAGCCAUUAAAUAUGCUUCUCGCUCUCGGAAAUUAAUACUGGCUCAAAAACUUAGUGAACUAGCUGCAGAAAAGGCAGCUGAAUUGGCAGAAAUCCAGGCAGAAGAAGAGAAAGAAGAGGAUUUCAGGAAAAAACUGAAUGCCGGUUACAGUCACAGCACUACAGAAUGGAGUCAGCCACGGGUCAGAAGUCAAGUUGAGGAAGAUGCCGAAGACAGAGAAGAGACUGUUUCAGAAGAAACGCCAGAGCCACAUAACCACGAGAAGAACUCAUUCCGAAGUGCAAAUUCCUCUGACGUGCCAGCUCUUAAAUCAGGUGCGGUUUUCUCUAGCAGCCAAGGACGUGCAAACCCCUUCAAGGUACUAGCCAGUUCCAAAGAACCAGCCGUAUCCGUGAACUCAACACGCUCAACUAAUAUUUUAGACAAUAUGAACAAAUCAUCCCGGAAGUCCACUUCUCUUAAUCGAGCAGCAAAUAAUGAAAAGUCUCCAGUUAUAAAGCCUCUCAUCCCCAAGCCAAGGUCUAAGCAGGCAUCUGCAGCAUCCUAUUUCCAAAAAAGAACUUCACAAGCCGAUAAGACUGAGGAAGUAAAAGAAAAUGCUAAAGAUUCAUCAUGUGACACUCCAGCUGUGUGUCCUCAAAACUCUGAAAGCCAAAGGCCAAAGACUGGUUUCCAGAUGUGGCUGGAAGAAAAUAGAAGUCAUAUUUUAUCUGACAAUCCUGACUUUUCAGAUGAAGCAGACAUAAUAAAAGAGGGAAUGAUUCGGUUUAGAGUACUGUCUGCUGAAGAAAGAAAGGCAUGGACUGACAAGGCCAAGGGAGACACUGCCAGCGACGGCGCUGAAGGGAAGAAGCGAAAACGUGUGGCCGGCGAGGCCUGCGAGACAGAAAGCCAGGAGGAAGCAGCGAAGGACAGCCUGGACCUGUCUAAGAAGAAGAAGGCCAUAGAUCUUUCUACUAAUCAGAAGUUGUCGGCUUUUGCGUUUAAGCAGGAAUAA